GGUGGGGAAGUCCAGUCCAUGGUCUGGGACCCAAGUGGUGAAAGAUUAGCCGUCAUUCUGAAAGGUGAUUCCUGCAGCCCGAACUCUGUGCCCAUCAUCGCCGUAUUCAAAACCCGCAUCCGGCCAGUUUUUGAGCUUCUUCCCUGUGGGUUUGUCCAGGGUGAGAUUAACUCCAGUCCUCAGUUCAUCAGCUUCCACCCCAACUUUCCCAAAGGAGCCCUCCUCACUGUGGGCUGGUCCACGGGCAGGAUCUCCAACAUCCCCUUCUAUUUUGUGAGCGAGCAGACCUUCCAGCCCAGCACAGGCUGCAGUCCAGCCCUCAUCUGCACCAAUAGCUGCUCCACCCGGGACCUCUUCUCCGAGCUAUGAGCACCCAGCCCCUCGCUAGAUCUGUCUGUGUGUCAAGAAAUAAAGUCGUUUGCUAACU